AUGUACACACCGCGUACUGCACAAAUGGAUGCGGAGGAUGUCUCAUUGCUCAAUCCUUUCUUUUAUACUGGUUCUGAUUUGUCAUCACCUACAACGAUGGACAUUUGGAAUGAUAAUACCAGUUAUGUUCCUCCAAAUACAAUGACUGAACAACAACACAACUUUAAAACAUCUAUUGCAUCACCAUCAAUGACAACCAGAACCUUGGGCUUGAGCAACCCGCCAACUCCAUCAUCAUCAAGGCCAAGCCGACUAUAUGACAAUCAACAAGGAUUGAAGAAUCUACUGUUUAUGGAAGAUGACGAUGAUGAACUGGAUCUAAAGACAAAAUACUAUAUUAAGCCAUUCAAUCAUAAUCAAACAAAGAGUCAACAGCAUCAACAAACACCUAGCAGACUGUUCACUCAUACACCUACAACAUUAUCAACAGAAGAUAGUAAGCAACAGGGCAAUGGUGGAAGUAGAGCUGGUUUCACAUCAAUAUUGUCACGUCAUCCUAUGGAACAAGGUUCGCCCUUAUUCGACUCACCUCCACUUAAACCAAACAAAACAACAUCAUCUUUAUCAUCACCAUUAUCAACAACAACUACUUCAACAUAUAAUAAGCAUAAUAGAUACGCUACCAGUGGUACCAGUCCCAACCCUUCGUCGCACUCAUCCCCAUCAAUGGCACACUCGCCAUCAUCCGUCAAUACAAAGAGUGCUGGAAACUCAUCUCCUACAUUUGGAAAAGCAAUUCAACAAGAAGAGGAAGACAAUGAUCACUUUAGUUAUGAAGACGAUCAGAUCAGAGAGUUGACAACCAACGACAAUGACUACUUUGUUUGCCAAGCUUGUGGCAUGCAACAGUACCAUCAAGUUCAUCAUCAUCACCAUCAUCAACCACAACAACAACAUCAUGAGCUGGACUCGAACCCCAACUCUGAGUCUCACUCUACUCCUCCAACAUUCAACGUCAUUGAACUGCUCAUCCAGCAAUGGUCCAAGAUAUCUCAACGUGUGUCCAUGGUGGCGCUCAACGAGACUGGUGGCGGACGCGGUUCAGUCGGCCGUCCCACCACCCGCAGCGGAAUGUCCUUUUUUGUUCGCCUGUCCAUCCUGCCCUUCCUGCUCAGUGCAUUCGUUCCCUUUACAUUCUGCGUUGUCUGUUUCUUAAUCGUUCUAUCGGCUCUCUCCCUGUCCACACUGGCGGCCUUUGUAUUCCUGUUGCUCACAACACCCUUCUUCAUUGUGGGCAUUGUCGGCUUCCUCUACGUGGCCACAUUCAUCAUCAACGGUUCAAUCGUGGGUGGACAUCGAACAGUCAUAGUUCUUGGCGUCUCACUCUUUGAGCUGCUCAUAAAGUCGGUGCACUCAACCAUCAUCUAUCUGGCCAACAUGUACAAAGGUAUCAACAAUGGCAGAUCACUUCGACACAGA